AAACCCUCAAACUCACACUACAGACUAUGCCUAUGCUCUACAACCGAUCGGUGAACCAUUGGCACGAUUUACGCCGUCAACCUCAACAAUACCCGAUAUAGCAGACCCGAUUCAGCCCCAAUUUCCGCCGCUUGCGGGUGUCGAUGGUAUUUCAGAGACUGAAAUCAAGACUGUCUCUGGUUUACGAAUACCCCUUGUCAAGGCUGAUACAAUACUCGAUAGCUAUAGAAGUGAAAUGCUCCUCAGCUUUCCAUUUGUCCCUAUUCCGCCAUAUAGAGCAAAUCAGGCGAACCGAGAGAGUCCAGCACUAUUAAGCGCUAUUCUGUAUACUUGCCGCUUUGAAUUAUCAUCGGUCACUGGCGAUUCAGACAAAUCGUUCCGUGAGUAUUUUGCACGGCAAUCAGUAGUUAACGACGAGAAGAGUCUCGAUCUUUUGCAAGCAAUACUGUUGUUUCUUGCUUGGGACGACUGGCAAUCAGUAGCAACUGCACGUGAUACUAGUCUCAUGCAUUUAUCCCUAGGACUUGUUGGAGAUCUUGGAUUGAAUAGGCCUCCGCUCUCUCAAACGGUGCCGGUAGGGUCUUGUUCUAUCGCGAACCAAUCCAAUGUCAAGAUUAAGGGAUUCAAUGUCAGAAAGGAACACAGUAAUGCUGAGAAAAGAGCGUUGCUAGGAGUGUUUUAUAUCACGUCGGUCCUCCUGCCCACUUCUAGUGUAUGGACCCUUUUCCGUCGAACUGAGCCACCAGAGUAUACCAACUAUAUGGAACAAUGCUGCAACGACUUGACUGAAGCUCGGGAGUAUGUUACAGAUUCGAUUGUAGUUGCACUUGUACGGAUGCAGAGCUUAAUUGUUCAGAUCGCAAAAGCGUUUCCACACCCAAGUCUACGAAGCCACGUCUUUCCUACAGUACCUCUUUCUUUAUACUUUUCAACGAUACAAUUUCAGCUUAAGGAUAUAUUGCGGCAGGUACCUGAAGCUCAAAGGCUCAACUAUCUUAUUCUAAGCCACGAACAUACUGUUUUGCUUCGACUUUACGAACCAGUAAUCCAUAUGGACUCAUUACAGUCUAUUGAUCACUCAAUUUCCAAGACAGAUGUUUUAUGGAGUUGUUGCCAAGAAGCAAAAACAUUCUUCGAGAUGUGGCUUCGGUUGCCAGCGGGUGUGUAUUCAGCAACGCCGUGCGCUUUGUUCGCACACAUCGCAUUUGCAAACCUCACGUUGACACAACUGCUCUUUGCGGACGAUCGGCACUGGAACUCACAAAUAGCCCGAGAACAUGUUGAUUAUCCGGUAAUAGUGCGAAGACUCAUCGAUCAUAUAGAAAUCUAUAGAAAGCAAAGUGGUCAGGACUUCGGAGGCGUAGAGGGCAAUUUUAGUCAUCCACAAUGUUACGUGGAAAAGUGGAGAUAUGCUAUCAACUGGUAUUAUGCCAAAUUGAACUCCAAGUACCCAGCAUCUGCCACGAUACCGGCGUCGGAAACAUUACUACCACUGGUUGGCGAUGAUGAUGAGCUAUGGCAGACAAUGUUCGCUUUCGAAAACGAAAUGAUGUAUUAGGCUCAAAAUUACAGGAGGUUCAUACUUGUGCAAGAAUAUCAGCUUUAACUGAUAUUGAAAUAUCAGUGUCAGAGCUGCUGUACCUAUUAAUCACUAUACCAAAAGUCAAUCUAUUAUGAUCAUUUUAAUCAAGUCAGACGAUUCGAUCAACGUAAGC